AUGCGCGCGGAGCUGGGGCCCAGGCGGUGCCGCGGGAGGCGCAGGCGGCGGCACUUCGGCCCCGCUGCGGCUGCGAGGAGGCCCCGGCUCGCGGGGGGGCGGGGGGGGGGGGCGGCGGCGGGAGCCGCGGUUCACGCACAGCGGCGGCAAUGGGAGCGGCCCGGCUCGCACGGCGCCGGGAGCGGAGCGGAGCCGGCCACGCACCGCGGCUGUGGCUGCGGCGGAUGGCCCAGAGCUGAUCUAUGCGGCGCUUGGAGGAGUUGUGUCUGCGGGCGGCGGCGGCGGGGCCCUGCCGGAGAGCGGAGCGGGGACAAGGUGAAGUACCAGAAAUACCUGACGGUGCUGCAGACGGCCAUUGGCGUCACCCCCUCCAACCGCAGCAGCCUCCUGCCGCUCAAGAGGAAGCUGUGGGUAACGCCAUCCUCUGAAAAUCCUAAUGGUGCUACUUCUAGUGUCAGCCAAGGAAAACCCUCUUUAAGACGAAUUAAGGGAAGACUGCCCAGAAGCAAAAGUCUGGAUAGCUUCAAUUUCUGUGAGCUCACUGUGGACGCGCUGCAGAAGGGUUCCGACGUGAGCCGGGAGAGACGUCUCUGCUUCACCUGGUUUCAGGAUUGCUCUGGUGGAUUUUGCGUCCACAGAGCCUGGUUUCACAGAGUCGGGGAGGACGGCUCCAUCUGGUUGUUUGGUUAAAGGCGCCUGAGUGAGUGAGUAAUUAGUAUCUGUGUUUGUGUGAUUAAUUAGUGUUUGUG